AUGAGAGGUAAAGGCGGACCUGAAAAUUUAGAGUGUACAUACAGAGGUGUUAGGCAAAGGAUUUGGGGCAAGUGGGUUGCGGAAAUUAGAGAACCUGUUAAUAACACCAAUGAGCAUCAGAGUAAUGGCAAGAGACUUUGGCUUGGAACUUUUUCUACGGAUGCUGAAGCUGCUCGUACGUAUGACGAAGCUGCUAAAGCUAUGUAUGGCCACGAUGCUAUACUUAACUUCCCUGAAUAUUGUGUACAGAAUGCUCAAUUGGCUAAUGACUUGUUGCAUGUUCCCAUUGCACAAACGACUUCAUUGGAAUCAAGUGAAUCAUCUGUUGAAGAUGCAAUAGUUGAAUCUGAUUUACAAACAGAUGAAAAGAUUUUUGUGGAUGAUCGAUGUGUUGUUGAAAGGAAUUUAUGUCUUGUGGAGAAGCAUGGUUCUUCUGAUUGUUGCUUGAAUACAAAGUCAGUAGUACUGCAAGUGUACCAUUCUAUAGACGCUAUAAAAGGCUUUAAUUGCAGCUCGACAAUUGAUUUAGAGCCAAUUCGAGAGCCCACAA